AUGGAUUUUAGCCAGGUUCUGGAUAAGUGCGGAAACUACGGAAGGUUCCAAGUAGCCAUCCUCUUACUUUAUGGCUACACAAAUAUUCUAGGAUCGCUGCACUACUUCUCCCAAACCCUCAUCACUUUUACUCCAGAGCAUUGGUGCUCCCAUUCUGACCUCAAGGGUCUCAGUGAGAAGGAGAUUCACUCUGUUUACUCAAAUAUUAGCGCCUCAUCCUGCACACCACUUCUGGGAGUGAUUAAUGGCAAAGGCGUAGCAGCCGAGGGACUGAUUUGUAAGGAUUGGAUCUUCAUAAGGGAGAGUGGCUAUGAAAGCAUUACCACAGAGCUGAAAUGGGUCUGUGACAAAUCCCAUCAUCCAGCAGUAGGUCAAUCCUUCUUCUUCAUGGGAUCAGUAGUGGGCACCAUUACCUUUGGCUAUCUCUCGGACCAAAUAGGUCGUCUGCCAUCUCUGCUGAUGGCCACCUUGUGUGGAGCCACGGGAGACUUUUUAACAUCCUUUGUGUAUACUCUGCCCUGGUUCGCCGUAUCGAGAUUUUUAUCGGGAUUAUCCACGGAUACCAUGUACUAUCUCAUGUACAUCUUAGUCUUUGAGUACCUGAGCCCGAAAAGUCGAACCUUUGGCCUCAACAUCAUCUUGGCCAUCUUCUACUGUUUUGGACUAAUGAUAUCGCCCUGGGCCGCCAUUUGGAUUGGUAAUUGGCGUCGUUACCUCUGGUUGGCAUCUCUUCCAGCCUUGGGUGUCCUUAUAUAUCCUCUCCUGAUCUGUGAAAGUGCUCAGUGGUUGCUGACCAAGAAGAAAUACGAAAAGGCAGUGACCUGUCUGAAGAAGGUUGCAAAGUUCAAUGGUCGACAGGUAGAGGACUCUGUAUUCGACGAGUUUGUAAAGUACUAUAACGAGAGGACCCAACAGGAGAAAAAGAUUAAAGGUCAAGAGGACACAUUCCUUGGGAUGUUUAUGACCCCUCGACUUCGUCGAUUCACCUUAACAUUGCUACUCAAGUCAGUCAUCAUAACCCUCUCCUGCGAUGUGAUCAACCGCAAUAUGGAGGGCCUGGGCACUUCGCCCUUCAAGCUGUUCUCCUUCACCUCGGUUGUGUACCUACCCGCAGGUGUGGCCAUCCUCCUUCUGCAAAACAAGAUUGGUCGCAAGGGAAUGGCCUGUGCGGCUCUCUUUUGUGGCGGACUUAUCACUACGACGACAGGUUUCCUGAUUGCUCACCUGAAUCCUACAGAAAACGCCGUGCUGUUGGCUAUCAUGGUUGGUCUAGGUCGUUUUGGAGCCACUGUUUCCUAUGAUGCGGAGAUUCAAUACGCGGCGGAAAUCAUACCAACCAGUGUGCGAGGUCAGGCGGUGUCCAACAUCCAUGUGGUGGGAUUGGCCUCCAGCUCAUUGGCCUUCUAUGUGAUCUACCUGGCCCAGUACUACAAGCCCCUCCCCUCAAUUUUCAUCAGCUGCCUGAUGUUCUUCGGCGCCGGACUUUGUCUUUCUUUGCCGGAGACCUUAAACAAGAAACUACCAGAAACUCUGGCGGAUGGGGAAAAGUUUGCCCAGAACGAGAGCUUCCUUUACUUUCCCUGCUUUCACAAAAAAGUAGAUGAUAAAAAUGACGAAAGUGUAUAA